GGCAUUCCUGCGUGUAGUGUAAACAAAUAGGACGUGUUACCAAAAUUGUUAAAUAUAUAAAACGCUUGGUGGAAAGUAGAAUUUCCUUGCGUUGCACUAGUAACUAGAGCAUGCAUCGAUCACAUUCGCCAUCUCCUGUACGGUCCAGAAAAUCCGACCGUAGUUCCAAGCAUUCUCAUAGACGUCGCUCAAGAUCGAAAUCAAGAGAUUAUGAUAAAUACCACCGAAAGGAUCAUGAAAAAAACCGGCGCCGAGAACGAUCCAAGUCCCGAUCGGUUAACUCGACUGCUUAUCAUCGAAGUGAUAAAAAAGGGUCUCUCCGUAACUCUUCUAGAGACCACCAGUCUAGUAAAAUUUCGUCCAGCAGGAGAUCCUAUUCUCGUGAGCGAUAUCGUAGACGCAAAUCCCGGGGUCGAUCCCACUACAGAUCUUCUAGUAGCUCAAGCAGUUCGACAUCAACCAACAGUUCGAGUGUGAACACUGUAAAGAGUGACAGUGAUAGUAAUUCAAUAUCACGAAAUACCUCUCCAAGACAAGUAACCACGGAGAAAAGUACAGAUAAAACUUAUGUGUUUCAUUCUAUGACUGCUACUGACUGCGAUGAUCCGUUGAGCAAAAGCCAGAAGUUGGACGAAUUAAAUGCUGAUGGAUUUGAACCUAAACCAUUUUAUUCGAACAAAAAAUCUGAAUCGUUUGCCCCCGUUAGCAAUAUCGUAAUAGAUCUAGCAUCUCAAAUAAUAAAAGUACCCAUGAAGGAUAACUCCAACCUAAAUGAAGAUGCGUUGUUUCAUAACAUGUUCUUUCCAAACGAUGAAGGUGAAAGAAUGGUCCGAUGGGUGAAAAGACUUCACGCAUUGCGACAAACGAUGACAUGAAGGGGAAUCAAAUAUUUUUUGGAUCAGUGUUUCCUAAUAAACCAGAUUUAUUCACUAAUAAA